AUGCUAACAAUCUUACAAUUUCCUUGUUGGAUUUUAAAUGUUUAGCAUAAUUUAACACUAUAUGAUGAAAGAAUUGAAAUUACUAGACAUAAUUUAAUCUUCAAAAUUGAUAUCCAUCUAAAAAUAAAAAUGAGAUGGGAGAUAUCUCUUUCUGGAAUUCAAGCUGUUCAUAUAGAAGAUUUAAUGAUAAAAGCAAAUUAGGAAGAUUUAAAUCAAUUGAAAUAACAUCUUGAUGGAAGAGUAUCAUAUUUGGGAAUUUAGAAUUAUUAUGAAACCAUAGAGUUGCUGUCUGAUAAAAAGAAUUGUAAAGUAAUUUUAAUUAAAAAAUUUAAGAUCUGUAAAGUUGAAGAUAGAUUUACAAAGGUGAAAUUAUGUUGUAGAUCUUUAAGAAAGGAUGCUUACAAUUAAGAACAAUUAUAUUAAUCAAUUAUUAUUUUGUACAAACUGUAACAACACAAAUAUUUUCCUAAAUUAUAUGAAGUUUAUGAAUCAAAAGCCCACAUCUAUAUAGUCAUGGAAUUGAUGGAUCAUCAUUUAAAUGUAGAUUUCAUACAUGAAGAAAUUUAAAUAAUCACUUUGGUAUUUCCUUAAGAUAUUUUUAGGAUUUACUCAAAACUAUUAAGAUAUUAAUUGACAAUUAAAUACAAUAUUCCAAAUUCAAAUUGUCUGAUCUCAUGAUGGAUAAGAGAGGUAAUAUAAAACUUAUCAGUUUUUGCCAUGCUUCUCGUUCUAAAGAUAUCGAUCUUGACAAUUAUCUUGGAAACAUAGGUUAAAUUAUGAUAUAAUUGUAAUAUUUUUUUGUAAUGAUUGCAGGUAUGGUUUUAAGGAUUCUUAUAAUUCAUUGCCUUAUAUUCCAGAUAAAGGAAACGAAUUUAUAGUUGGAUUGUUGAAUCCAAAUCUAGAUUACAGAUUUACUUUUGAAGAUGCAAUGCAACAUGAAUACAUAUAAAGUAUUUUUGGUGAAACUAAUAUACCUGUGAAAUUUACAUAAAAUCCAAAGUUAAUUACUGGUGUUACAGAAGCGAUAAGUUAGUACACAAAGAGUUCCUACUAUUAAAAAAUUAAAUGA